AGUUGCAGGAAGCUACGGUCCAACUCAGCCGCCGUCUCGCGCUGUGUUGUGGGGUGAGAAGCAGGUUUCGUGUCGGCCUCAAACCUGAGGGGUACGAGACGCAUAAAACGCCAGAAGAAAGGAUAUAUAGCUUAGAGCGAUCGUACGGACAGAGAGAUGCCUCACAAUUUUCAGCCUGGGGACCUGGUGUUCGCCAAAAUGAAGGGGUACCCCCACUGGCCGGCCCGGAUCGAAGAUGUGGCUGACGGGGCAGUGAAACCUCCACCAAAUAAAAUUCCGAUCUUCUUCUUUGGGACCCAUGAGACUGCAUUCCUCGCUCCAAAGGACCUCUUCGCCUACGAGAAGUACCGCGACCGCUAUGGCAAGCCCAACAAGAGGAAGGGCUUCAAUGAGGGCCUGUGGGAGAUCCAGAACAACCCACACGCGUCCUACAGCAUGCCUGCACCGGCCAGCUCCUCGGAGAGUGAGGCAGAGGCCAACGAAGCGGGGAGUGACGCCGAGGAAGCGGCGGCCCCAAGGAAGGCCGACUCUGGGAGCGAGGAGGAGUUCGACUCCGGCAGUGAGGACGGAGGACGAGGGAAAGGGGGGCUGAAGCGGAAAGCCCCCACGGCUAAGCGGCCCCCCUUGAAACGGUCGCGUGGCUCCUCCAGCGAGCCGGAGCGUGCCGAGGAGGACGAGCAGGAGAGCGGCUCCCCCUCUGAGCCGGAGCCAUCCCCCAGCUCGGACUCGGACUUCAGCAAGGACAGCGACCAGGACUUCACUCCGGAGAAGAAGGCAGGACCCAAAGGAGGAAAGCGAGGAGCUGGGAGAGGAAGGCGAAAAAAGCCAGCAUCCGAAUCAGACUCCGACUCCGCGUCCCACUCCGACGACAACGGGGGUCGCAGCGAACCAGACGAGAAGCCGCGGCCGGCGCUGUCCGGCUCCGAGUCUGGGUCUGGGUUCAAAUCUAAGUCUGACUCUGAGUCUGACCCUCCGCCAAGGAAGACUCCACAAGCACGUAAGAAAGCCGAGAAGCCCCCUCCCAAACCACGUGGACGAAAGCCUAAACCUGCCCCGGUCCGAGCACCCAGCUCUUCCUCUGACAGCGAAAGCAGUGAGCCGGACCGCAUCAGCGAGUGGAAGCGCCGCGACGACGAGCGGCGCCGGGAGCUGGAGGAGCGGCGCAAGCGGGAGGAGGCGGAGGAGCUGCGGAGGCUAAGGGAGCGGGAGCGUGAGGAGGAGGAGAAGCGAAGGAGAGAGAAAGAAAAAGGGGGAGGAGGUGGAGGUGGAGGCGGGACAAGUAGCAGCAGCAGGUCCGACGAGGACCACGAUGAUCGUCCCAUCAAGAAGACCAAGAAGCCACCACCCGCCCCCAUCCCCGCCCCCUCGGACUCGGACUCUUCGCCCCCAACUGAGAUGAAGAAGGCCUCCAAACGUGUGGACAGCCAGAAGAAAGGCAGGUCGGGGAAAGACGGCAAAGACAGAAGGGAGAGGGAGAGGAAGGAGAAGAAGGUGCAGCGUAUGGAGGAUAAGCCUCGCGGCAGGCACACCAAGCCGGAGAAACUCAAACGCAAGUCAGAGCGCCUCCCGGAGAAGAAGGUGGAAAAGAAAAAAGAGCCUAGUCCAGAGGAGAAACUGCAGAAGCUCCACACUGACAUUAAGUUUGCCCUGAAGGUCGACAGUCCGGACAUCAAACGCUGCUUGCAGGCAUUAGAGGACUUGGGCUCUGUACCGGUCACCAGCCAUCUCCUCCAGAAGAACACCGAUGUCAUUGCCACGCUGAAGAAGAUUCGCCGCUAUAAAGCCAGCAGUGAAGUGAUGGAGAAGGCCAGCCAGGUGUACAAUAAGCUGAAAAUGCAGUUCCUAGGCAAGACAGAGGGGGCGCUAAAAUCCCAGCCAGAAAACAAGGACCCAGAGAACAGUGCAAAGGAGACCAAGAACGAUUCAGCACCGGUAAAUGGGGAGUCUGACACUCUGAAACAGGAGGACGAUGAUGGGACCUACAGUCCCAAAGAGGAGGACCAGGAGAAUGACCACAACCAGACCGCCUCGCCCCCUGCUACCCCUAAAAGCCCAGUGGAACCGAGGUGGCCCACUGACGACCCGGACCACGCGAACGCUGCGGAGACAGAAACCGCCACCGCGGAGAGCUGAGGGGACCUGAAGGAAAAAUGCAGGGGGGGGGGGGGG